GCUUGUUUCUCGGGAAGUAUUUUGGACAUGUACCUUAUGAAAGCGUGACAUUUGACAGCUUGUGAGAUUUCCUUAUUUUGAAGGGCAUUUUAAAGCUCAAGUAUCGCAUAAAUCGGUAUUUUUCUUUUGGUCAGAGCUGCGAUGCUUCUUAUCUUUGAUUUAAGAAUAAUAAGAUGAUAUUUCAACCUCUGGGCUGACAGACAGCAGUGUGUCCGGCUAAGAUGUUUCAGAAAAGAGCUGGACUUACUGUAACUGAGAAGCUUGGAGGAUAAACAUUUAUUAGGAUGUCUGUUGGAGCUUCUUGGACAUUUAGCAGGAUGAUUUGGGUAAGAUUCAACCUAUGUCCAAUAGCCAAACUGAGUGCAGCUAAAAAUGUGUUAAAUUUGUAACAUUGUUGUUGCCUUUUACAGGGGAGGUAUUUAACUGCUGGACUCCAGUGCUGCAGGUGUAGAGUGAACUGGCAUGUUAAACGACAUUACAGCUUUCUUCCAGGUGUGUUGGUUUUUUAAAAUCUGAUCCUCAAGACUAGACACAAUUCAAGCAACAGAAAACCACAACCCCCAAAAGUUAGGACACUGUGUGAACUGUGUAUAAAAACAGGCAUGUUAACGGUUUACUUAUCUCACCAGGAUUUCCGGGUCAUAUUUAGAUAUGGUCUGCAUGGUACAGUUUUAGUUUGCAUUUGUGGGUAAAGCAACAAACUGCAUUCUUGGACCACACAUAUUGAGCCCAUGCAGUGAUUUCCACUACAGAGUCAUGUCUGUUUUAGUUUCUACCUGGCCUCAUCCUUAAGCUUGGGUUUUACUUCUGUUUAUGAUUCUCCUAAGUUUCAGGUGAUUAUAACUCAUAUUUUUUAAUCUAAUGAAGAACACGUGAAAAAGAAGGUCACACUGAGACUAAAAACACAUACGUAAAAAUGAAAUAUAUCAAUAAAAUAUUUUUUGUCUUUGCUUGCCGUAUUUAGUGACAUAAAUAGAAUAUGUAACACAUUGCAUCUCAUAUUUAAUGAGAUUUUCAUGAUAAAACUUGAUGUGUAUGUUCUAGAUGAUAUCAAAUCAUUGCGCUCUGUGGUCAGCCCUGAUAUUUCCAAGUAAGUAAUCACAUUCUUAAUGCACUCACUGCUUUGAAAUGCUACUUAAAUUUAGCUGUGUGCAUAACAUUUAAGGUUUUUUGUUUCUGCAGGAUCAGGAAUAUCGGCAUCAUGGCGCACAUUGAUGCAGGAAAGACGACAACCACCGAGAGGAUGCUUUAUUACUCUGGUUAUAUCAGAGCACUAGGGGGUGAGUAUUUAUCUAAAUAAAACACCUUCAUUACUUACAAACUAGCUGUCCAUUUUACAGUCUUUUUAAUUCAUUGAAUUGUUUCUUGCAGAUGUGGACGAUGGAGAUACAGUCACAGAUUUCAUGGCUCAAGAACGGGAGCGGGGCAUCACCAUACAGUCAGCAGCCGUCACUUUUGAUUGGAAAAGUCACAGAAUAAACCUGAUAGACACCCCAGGUAGAAGCAGCACCUUUGUGGGAAUGAAAUAUUCCAGUGUAAGUUUAAAGGGGAGACCACAUGAAUAUGUCUGCCUGUGUGUAUGUGUGUGAUUACAGGACAUGUCGACUUCACUCUGGAGGUAGAGAGAGCUCUGCGAGUUCUUGACGGGGCUGUCGCAGUGUUCGAUGCUUCGGCGGGUGUUGAGGUGAGAUCACGGCUCUCAAACUGCUACUUUAUAAAACCAAAAUCUGAGUGUGACUGUUACAUGUGAUAUUGCACUUUCAUGGUGCAGUAAAACAUCACAGUUAACACACUAUCAUGAUGUUUAAGGAAAACCUUAAAAUAAAAACCCUAUCAAGGUAGACAAGGGUAGAGCAACACACUACCUUUAAAACUUAUACAAUUAACUUGCAGGCAUGAGGAAGUUGUUUUGUUGUGUUGUAGAUUAUGAGCUCUAGUCUAAAACAUUUCCCUUUUUUACCUUCAAAACCACCAACAGGCUCAGACUCUGACUGUGUGGAGACAAGCAGAAAAGCACCAUGUUCCCUGUGUGUGUUUCCUGAACAAGAUGGAUAAACCCACCGCAAAGUGAGUCACCAAAAAGUCAAAUAAUAUACAAGAUAUAUAUAUAUUUUUUUUUUAAUUAUCUGCUUUUGCAUUUUUUUCCAUGUUUCUCUCAGUUUAAAUUUUUCCAUAGAGAGCAUAAAGCGGAAGCUGAGAGCAAAUCCCGUCCUCCUGCAGGUAAACCAACACUUAUAAUCUAAAGCAGGGGUGGGCAAUUAAUUUUUACAUGGGGCCACAUGAGAAACCUGAACUGUGUUGGAGGGCCGAACCAACAAUAACUUCAACUUCAGAUCAGGAGGGUUCACAUAUACAGAACAGCAAGCCCAAAAGAAGCGCACCCACGACUCGUGAGUUUUACAAGCGACUUUUGAGAGAAACAAGCCUAAAGUCGUUUAAAAUAAGCGGACUUGGCAACUAUAAGGCAUCUAUGUAUAUUUUGCCGACGUUUAAACUUGUCUCUGUUCAUGAAUGCAGAUCUAGGAUGUACGCACGUGUGUCCAAACGGAAAUAAAACAAUGGCUAGGUUUUCAAAAUAAAAGCAACACACUUGCAUGUUGAUGAUUUGAUUGACGGACCUCACGAAGGGCUGGGCAGGGACAUCCAAAGGGCCGGAUGUAGCCCUCAGACCGUAAAAUGCCCAGGUCUGAUCUAAAGGAUAAGAGAGGGUGACUAGUGGCAAAGUUGUGACUGUUGAUUGACAAACAUGGUGCAUUAAUAAGACUAUUAUAAAUCGUAAUAAUUCACUUUAUAGAUUCCUGUUGGCAGUGGCAAAACCUUCUCAGGUGUGGUUGACUUGCUAACCAACCAGAAGCUCAUAUGGAGGCAAAGAUCAGUGGAAGAUGAUGGACGAACAUUUGACAGCAAACCUCUGGACCCCUCAGAUGAUCCUGGACUCUUGCAGGAGGUCUCUGAGGCGAGGGUGGCUUUAAUCGAGCAGGUAUGCAGCAGAAUAAUCCCAGAAAAGUGGGAAUUUCAAAUGCAGGAUUUUCACAUUUUUCCAGGUUUCAACUUCAGUUUUCAUUCCCAGGUUGCUGAUCUGGAUGAUGAGUUUGCUGAGCUGCUCCUGACAGACUUCAGUGACAACUUUGAUGCUGUCCCCGCCAACAAAGUAAGUGAUUUAUCCCAUGAUGCCACAACAAAGUCUUCAGAGGAUAUCUUGUGAAUGUAAAGUGAAUUGAGCCGGUGUGUCUCCAGCUACAGGAAGCUGUACGGCGGGUGACUCUGGCGCGUAAAGGCGUCCCGGUUCUCUGUGGGAGCUCUUUGAGGAAUAAAGGAGUUCAGCCUCUUUUAGACGCCAUCAACUCGUACCUGCCUGCGCCCAACGAGCGACACCACGACCUGGUGUGAGUAACCUACAGCCGGCUCUGAUUUAAAGUGUCAUGGCACUUUGUUAACCAUAAGCUUUUUUUUCUUUUAAUUCCUCAAUCUGCAGGCGGUGGUACAAGGACGACUUGUGUGCUCUGGCCUUCAAGGUCCUCCAUGACAAGCAGCGAGGUCCUCUGGUCUUUUUGAGGAUUUACUCUGGCACUCUGAAACCACAGACCGCUGUCCACAAUAUCAACAGGAACAGCAUGUACGUGCUUUAAUGUCAUAUCUUUAAAUGCCCACUAGAGUUGUCAGUGUGAUGAUUUUUCGCAUUAUUUUUGUUUUCAGUGAGCGGAUGAGCAGGCUGCUGGUGCCGUUCGCUGACCAAUAUGUAGAGAUCCCCUCCAUGACGGCAGGAAACAUCGCUCUGACUGUCGGACUGAAGCAGGUAGAGCAUCACGCUCCUGUUUUCUCAUUUUUAAGAGUUCUCCUUUGAGAGUUUACAUUUUUUCUCAACUCUGACUCAAGGCGGUCACAGGCGACACCAUCGUUUCAUCAAAGGCGUCUGCGGCAGCGGCAGCCCGUCGAGCUCAGAAGGACAGUGGAGCAGCAAAGAAAAAAGGAGAGCAAGCCAGUGUGAUCCUCUCAGGGGUGGAGGUCCCUGAUCCGGUCUUCUUCUGCACUAUUGAACCUCCAACUAUGGCCAAACAGGCUGGUCAGUCACAGCGAUCAUCAUUUUGCAUAAUUCUCAGCAGCUUUCUCAUCACUCAUGCUCCUUUUCUCCUUAAAAGAUCUGGAGAACGCCCUCAAGUGCCUCCAGAGAGAAGACCCCAGCCUUAAAGUGCGGGUUGACCCUGAUUCCGGUCAGGUAAGACCAUCAUUGGAUUAGUCAGGACUUUCUCCAGGGAGAUCAGAGCUACAGUGAGUCAACUACAUGUGCUCUGCUCUCUGUCUUUAAGACUAUUUUAUGUGGGAUGGGAGAGCUGCACAUCGAGAUCAUCCACGAUCGCAUCAGGAGAGAGUACGGCAUCGAAACUCAUCUUGGACCACUGCAGGUGGCCUACAGGGAGACUAUCCUUCAGGAGGUCUCGACUACAGGUACAGACAUUUCACUGAGGUUAUAGAUGUUUGCAGGAUUCAUCUGAAGUCUCACUUUCCUGACGUAGACAUGCUGGACCGUACUGUUGGAGAAAGAAGGAAUGUUGUGACCGUGGAGCUGACCGUCAGACCUGUGGACGUGUCUUCUGUGGGGGGUCCAUGUGAAAUGGGUUUCACAGAGGCGCUGGGAGAACAGCUUUCUCCAGAAAUAAAAGAGGCAGUGGAGAAUGGAGUAAAUGGUUCAUAUCUACAAGGUACAACCAGAUAAAACUCAUUUCUUCUUCUGCUGACUUCAAGGAGUCACCAGGCCUAAUUGUUUGCAUUCAUACUUUCACCUUCAGGUCCACUGUUGGGUUAUCCUUUGCUGGGUGUGUCCACGCUUGUCCAAAGUGUGAAAAUGGAACCGGGGACGUCCCCCGCCAUGGUCUCCGCCUGUUCAUCUCGCUGCAUGCUCAAGGUAACCCUUCACAGCUUUCUGUUUCUUGACAGCAAACUUGCAGGAUGAUCAGUAGAUCAAGCGAAAAGUUGUGUUUCUGUGGACACAGGCCCUGAAGCUCGCAGGAGGUCAGGUUCUGGAGCCCAUGAUGUCCCUCGAGGUGACUGUCGGGGAGGAGCACCUGAGCACUGUGCUGGGGGACUUAGCUCAAAGACGAGGGACUGUCAGAGAUAUCCAGAGCCGACAUGACGACAAGGUGCUGCUGGGGACCGUGCCGCUGGCAGAAAUGAUGGUAAGAAACAUCUGAUUCAACAGGUUUGUCGAGUUUCAGGUUAACCUGAUAAGCACUUGAUAGAGACGCCUGUUUUUCUUCCCCUUCUUAAGGGCUAUUCCACGAUUCUGCGAACGCUAACUUCUGGUAACGCCACCUUCUCCCUGGAGCUGGAUACGUAUGAGGCCAUGAACCCUCAGGACCAGAACACACUUCUUAAACGGAUGGGUGGUCUGAUGUGAUCUCCUGUUCAACACUGUGGAGACAUGAAUGGACUUCUGAAACGGAAGCAUGGCUGACACCCAAACAGACCUCCCCAAGAUGUCUAAACUUGAGGACAGAAAACUAGCCCCGGGUAAAAUUGUAUUUGUUAUAUGAAUAUCGGUAAGCAAGAAAAUGAUGUACCUUAUUCAUAGCUAGCUGCGAAAUAAACUUGUAGCUUGAUAUUACUCGUCAUGUAAGUAUGUGUGUGUUAGUAAAGUUGAGUUAUACAGCACCAAAACUGCAGGGCGUCUGCAACAGCAAUCCAGAGAAAACUACGAGAUGAGGGAGCUCUGACUCUCAGAAAAGACUGUGGUAACUGACAAACACUUUGGACCACUUGGAGGAGGUUCUGAAGAGGACAACACAACAAUCUCAUCCAGAUGAAACAUAAGUCUGAACUAAUGUCUCACAGGGCUGAGUUUUGUAACAUGUUUUUAAAAAGUAAAAAGAGGAGAGAAGCAAACCAUUUACAUCCAAACCUGGGCCAUCAGGACACCAAGAUCACACCGUCCAGGUUUCUAGUAGAAGAUAAGAAACCAAGUCUUUUUGCCACAACAAGCACAUGUUCAGCAGCUGAGACAAGAACUUCUAUUUUGUCGGUGUUCAACUGGAAAAAACAAUCAGCAAUCCAAGCAUUAUAUUGUUCACACUGUCAUAUAAAACAGAUGAUUUAGAGACAUUUCCUGGUUUUAUAGACAUGAAUGGCUGAAUGACACACCUGAAAAAGCUCUUAGAACCAAGGGGGAGCAGAUACAGAGGACCUAGGACAGAGCCCUGAGGAACUCUACAAACCAAGGCUCUGACUGACUCCACACACUAAGCGCAAAUAAAACCAUUCGCGUGAAUUAAUUACAUCUGAGGUCAAAGCAAAGACGCGAUUAGACGCUCCUACUACUCUGGCGGCGCGAAUGACGCAAAUUGGGUGAGAGCUGAAAAUGAUAACUUGAGCGGAUAUUCGCAUCACGAUAACCAAUCAGCACAAAGGUUGCCAAGUGACAAACUGAUCGGGUUGGGUGUGUGGGGGCCCCGAAUUUUAUGAUACCUUUUCUUUCAAUUACCGAAACUGGAAUAAAAAGGAGCUCACCAAGAGGCAAGUUAGUGAGGAGGUCAGAUUACCUGGUUAGGCUCUAUUCAUCACCUGAUCCCAACUGUUUGAAUUGGCAGGCAUUACCGUUGAAAUUACCGUUGACGCCCA